AUGGGAACUUUGUCAUUGAACGACUAUGAGGAUGUGAGCAUCUGGGUUCCCUGGGGUCACAUUGCGGGUCGUUGGUAUGGCAACCGAAAGGAGAGACCUAUUUUGGCCAUACAUGGCUUUCUGGAUAAUCUGGGCAGCUAUGAUAGACUGAUUCCUCUGUUGCCGGACUAUCUGGGAGUGCUCUGCAUCGAUCUACCUGGACAUGGAUACUCUUCUCCUUUGCCACCGGGCAUUCACUAUGACUUCUUUGAUUCAGCCUUUCUUAUAGCCAGGAUAAUGAAAGAGUUCAAAUGGUCAAAGGUCUCCUUGAUGGGUCAUUCAUUCGGCGCCUUGCUUGGCUUUAUUUACACCUCCCUCGCACCGCACACAGUGGACCUUGUCAUCUCAAUUGAGGCAGUUCUCAGCCCCAUGGAGACCCCGGACUUUACGGAGACAAAAAAGUUACGUAUUGAAAAGUAUCUCGAGGAAGAAGAACGUAAUGCAAGUGCUAUAAUCUAUGAGCCAACUUCCUACACGCUAGAAAGCCUCACCGAUUUUGUUAGUAAAAUUACCUUUCAGUCUGUGCCGAAGGAAUUUGCCCAUCAUCUGCUUAAACGAACUAUUUGCAAGUCGCGAUUGUAUCCGAAUAAGUUCUAUAUCGCAAAGGACAAUCGCGUAAAGUAUUUCAAUGAGUUACUGUUCGGUCCGGAAUUUGGAGCAGAGAUGGCUCGUCGCAUUGGGAAGAAACCCUUCCUCAUCAUCAAAGGCUGCGAUUCGCCUUUUAUAACCGAACAGAGCAAUGAAAUUAUAUCCAUUCUAGGUUAUCAAAAUCCUCAAUUUGAAUUUCAUGAAGUGUCUGGUCUACACCACGUACAUCUCUCCAAUGCCACAGAGUGUGCCAAGUACAUAAAUCCCUUUCUAAAUCAACAUCGAGCAAAUUCUGAAGAGAAGGCAUUUUCAAGAAAGUCACACAAAUUAUAGACGGAAAAAAGAAGACAUUUCUUAGCAUAAUAAAACUAAAAAU